CUCACUUUCAUGACUCUACGGUUGAAUUAACCGAAUCUACUGUGGUUAUCGACUGGGUCAUAUGUCUUCAAUUCUGCUCCCUUUGAGCGUCUAAUCAUUUUCCGUCGUUCUUUCAAUCGCAUAACCCAGACUCGAGUUCGCCCAACACAUCCUCUUUCCGUACGAUCAACCCACCAUGGCGCAAACACCUGCGGGCAAGUCAACAGGAGGUGUCCUUCAGAUUCCUGCAGCAGCCACGCAGAAGAACGGUCCUGCUGCUCCCAAGAAACCUCCAAAACCGGCCGCCCCUCGACUCAAAUUGCUCGUCAGACGACUACCUCCCGGCUUGACUCAGGCCGAAUUCGAAUCCGCGGUUGGGCCUGAAUGGAAACCCGGCGCUGGCAAGGUGGAUUGGUUCCAGUAUAAGGCCGGCAAGGUUUCUAAAGACCCUGCUAAACCCUCUCGACCGUCACGCGCCUACAUUCACCUGAACUCGAGCGAUCACAUCAUCCCUCUCUCCAACAAGGUCCGACAGACUUCUUUUGUCGACGCUCGCAGUACCUCCAACGAUCCUGUCCUCAUUGGACCUCCCUCCGUCGAAUACGCCCCGUACGCGAAGAUCCCCGGCAACCGAGUCCGCAAGGACGCCCGUCAAGGAACGAUCGACCAAGAUCCCGAGUUCAUCGCCUUCCUCGAGAGUCUCACCCAGCCCAUCGUGAGGCCCGCUCCCGCCGAGACCAACGAGGGGGAGGAAAAGAAGGAUGCGCCCAUCAUAACGCCCCUGGUGCAGUACAUCAGAGAAAAGAAGGCCAACAAGGCAAAAGACGCUUCCAACAAAUCGUCGAAACACUCCAAGUCGGACAAGGACGGAAAGCCAGAGAAGGUGCAGGCGAAGAAACUCCUGCAGCGACCGGACAAGGAGACUUCUCAGUCGGGUUCGGCUGAGAAAGGCGAGAAGAGACCCAAGUCCGAUAAGGCAACCAAGGAGGCAGUCAAGGCUGCUACCAAACAGGCCGCCAGUGUCACCAAGCAAAGUGGGAAGUCGUCCGGGGCGCAGAACUCUCCUAGGGACUCCAGCCAGUCGGCUACUACCUCCGAGCGCAAGAGAGAACGUGGCAGUGUCGCUGCGGCGGCCAAGAUCCUGCAGCGUGAUCUAGGUCUGGCUCCGUCGGGUGGGCGUCGCAGAGGAGGGAAGGCUGCUGCCGCUGCUGCUGCGGCGGCCGCCGAGUCAGAUACGCCCAAGGCAGAGCAGAUCUCAGAAACUGGCAAGAAGGAUACGUCUACGAAGCCACCCAAGGGAUCAUCGUCCCAGAGUGCAAAAGGCAGAGGUCAAGCUGCACAAGCAACCGAACCGUCCUCCUCCCAGAACCAACCCGAAACAAAGCCUCCCACCGCCGCGCCAUCCCAGGGCAAGUCGUCAAGGUCUACGAAAGGAAAGCAGGCUGCCCCGCCUACGACUGUGACCGCCACUCAGGCGUUCCUGAAACAUGCAAACCCAUCGCAGGGCGUCACCGAAGCGCUACUCGAUACCGCGUUCUCCCCGUUCGGCAAGAUCGUGAAGGUUGAGAUUGACAAGAAGAAGGGCUUCGGGUACAUUGACUUUGCCGAGCCCGAUGGACUCCAGAAAGCUAUCGCGGCCAGCCCCGUCACCGUGGCGCAGAGCCAGGUCGUCGUGCUGGAACGCAAGGCUAACCCCGGAGGUGAGAAGGGCCGUGGAAAGAAUCGCUCCGAGACACAACCUGCGGCCAACGGAGGCGGUGGUAGCAGCAGCAACAACAACAGUCGCGGCAGUGGUGGUGGCAAGGCAGAAGGGAACACCGGAUCGUCUCGCGGAUCUCGAGGUGGUCGAGGCAAGAACAAGGGCGGUUCGAAAGGUGGAGGUGGAGGGACUGGGAAUGCCGGUGCAGCAGAUGGCAAGGCAAGUACAGAGGGGAAGUGAUGAGAUAAUGAAUGCAAUGUACCAGACACGAAUAGAUAUCAUCAAGAUACCCGACAUGGCAGGAGACGAAGGCAGCCAAAACAUUCAGUCGCAAAGCAUAAUGUACUAAAACAGGUUUGGUCAAAGUGCAGGAUCGCCGACCAGGAACUUCUACAUGAGAAAAAUGAUUGAUAGUCAUACAGUAUGACAAUUGAACUACAAGCUACAAUGUA